AUGCAGCCAGAGAACAGCAAGCAUGCAAGCAGCGGAAGAGAGAUCAUCCACAUCCAGGUUGGCAAAGCUGGCAACGCAAUUGGGAACCAGUUCUGGAAGGCUCUUUGCGAGGAACAUGGUCUCAACACACAGAAGGAUGACAACAUGAAGGGCUGCUUGAUGGAUGAUGGCGAGGGUCAGGGUCCAAAAGGUUACAUCGACGUGUUCUUCAAUGAGGGCAGGUCAAUGGAGGGCAAGACCAGAUACGUUCCCAGAGCCAUAUUGCUGGACACCAACAUGGGCGACCUGGCGACCAUCGCAGAGGAUAGUGCCGUUGGUGACCUCUACAGACCGGAAGACAUCAUUGGCAAUGACGAAUCUUCGGGGAAUUGCUACGCCAAGGCAUUUCACACGGAGGGCCCAGACCUUGCAGAUCGAUGCCUGGAGAUGGUCCGCAAGGAGGUAGAGAAGUGCAACUGCCUGCAAGGGGUUCAGUUUUGCCACGCUGCCAUCGGUGGCACUGGGACCGGACUGACUGGUCUCGUGCUGAAGACCCUUCGAGACUACCUGGACAAGCAAAGUCGGGCUGUCAUGCAAUCCUUUGUUUUGGCUCCAGCACCCGGAAUCUCAGAUGUGGUCCUCGAGCCAUACAAUGCGUGUUUAUGCUUCCAGGACCUGUUAGAGUACACAGACCAGGUUUUCCUCUUCGACAACAAAGCGCUGAGCGAAAUCUGCCAGAAAGCUUUGGAGCAGGAUAUGCCCAAGAUGGCCGACCUGAAUGAUGUAAUAGUAAGAUGCAUGUCGGGCAUCACAUCGUGUCUGAGAUACACUGGUCCGUUGAAUGCAGACCUGCGGAAAUUACAGACCAAUCUGGUGCCCUUCAAGAACGCACACUUUCUCAUCAAUGGCCUGGCCCCGCUCAACUCCAAGGCGGCAGAAAAGUACCGGAAAGCAAGCGUGCUGGACCUGACGCAGCAGAUGCUCUCCAAGGACAACGUGACUGUAAAGUGCGAUCCACUCAAUCCUGGCGACGAAUUUCAUGGUAUGUUGAAAGCGCGCUUUCUGGCAUCAUGGACGUCAUGGAAGGGCAAAUUUCCAACAAAGGAGGUGGACAAGGCUCUGCAUGACAUACAGAAGGAUGGUUCUCGGUACGACAAGUUCUUCCCAGAUUGGAUUCCAAACUCGAUCGCAUCAAACAUCUCCGGCGCAAAGCAGAAGUCCCAGGAACAACGGAACGUGGUCUUCACAACAAACAACACGGCUGUCCAUGAGGUUUUCGACAGGUCCAUCAAAGCAUGGGACAACACGUACAAGUCGAGAGCUUUUGUGCACGUCUUUGAGCAGGAUGGCAUCUCCGUGCAGGAUCUGAUGGAAAGCCGUAACAUCGUGCAGUACAUAUCAGAUGCGUACUGUGAGUUUGGCCGCUGGGAAGACAAGUUCUUCGAGGACAUUUCUGGUGGAGGGAAGCCUGUCGUCAAAGAGCGAGCGAUUGACAAUGACGAGCAGCGCAACAUCGCCCAAGAGCUGAAGGAGCUUUGGCAGGGCGAGAUGUACAUUAAGGUCGAUCCCCUGGGAAGGGGUGCUGGGCAGACUGUGUGA